UCCUGCAAUGGAAAAUAUAAUCCCAUUCGCAAUUACUCUGCUGAUGAAAUCAUGAGGGCAACCAACUGCUUUGAUCCUUCUGGCGUGAUGCAAAAAGAUUCAUCCUACAAAAUGUUCCAGGGUUUUCUUGACAACCGGUCAGUUAUCGUUAAAAAGUACUUCACUGUGCACUGGCUUGCUGCGGAGCGAAAGGGGCUCUCAACUAUGGAGGAGGUUAUGGGGAUAAUGAGUCCCUACCGUGGAAAGCUAGGUUGAGUAUUGCAAAGCAGCUUGCUCAUGCAAUUACAUAUCUACAUGCUGCAUUUCCAAGGCCUAUCAUUCUCAGGGAUUUAAAACCCAUAUGUUUUUUUUAGACAAUGACUAUGUUCCCAAAAUCUGCAACUUUGCAGUUUCCAUAACCAUCCCACGGAUGCAGUCACAUGUUGAUGCUGAUGUGAUAUAUACACCUGGGUAUGUUGACCCUAGCUACUGGGCCAAUCACAGCAUUUCAGAGAAGACUGAUGUUUAUACUUUUGGUAUUGUAUUACUUGUAUUCCUAACAGGACGAGAAGCAGUGGUAAGAAAUGAGGCAGGAGAAUAUGAGUACCUUAAACCAUAUGUGAAAUCACAUGAUUCUGAUGGCCAAGUUCAUAUCAUUGUGGAUCCCAAAAUAUCUAUGGAGGUAGGGGAAGCUGAGCCAGCACACCAGCAAUUGCUUGAUUUCCUAACACUGGCAUUGUUAUGCACUCAAGAUAAAAGUGAAGCAAGGCCAGAAAUGAUCGAUGUGGCCAAAGAACUUGUACGAAUUGAGAAUUGUAUCUCAAGCGGCUAACAACAUUGGUUUGCAUUUCAGUAUUACCUCUGUCUCUCAUCUUCUUUGUACUUUGGGGUUCAACAUUCAAGGGUACUUGUU